AUGGCCCAGGAGCUCAGCGAGGAGGCGCUAUUGAGGGUGGAGGUGGAGCAGCUGAAGAAGGAAGUGAAGAACCCGAGAGCUCCGAUCUCCAAGACAGGAAAGGAAAUCAAAGAUUAUGUGGAGGCCCAAGCAGGAAACGACCCUCUCCUCACAGGCGUCUCUGAGGACAAAAACCCCUGCAAGGAGAAAGGCACGUGUGUGAUAAACUGA